AUGACGAGACUACGCCCACCAAAUUUAACGAUCCAGUCAAGAUCACACUCAUUCGAGUCCGAGUCGAACGCAUUUCUCGAUACGUCUUCUGAAUCAAUAUCAGAAUCUCCGCUUGCAUCGGAUGAUGAGCUCUUGCAACUAUCUUCACCUUCUUCCUCGUCCUCAAGCCCCAUAGCCUUAAACAUUCCUGAUGCAGAAGAGUUAUCACGAGACUUGGCAGCACUUGCUCAGCUACGCCAAUCUGUACAGAAAAAUCUUCGUCUUCGACCAAUCCGUUCGUUUAGCAGAUUACCAAAGACUGCUGUUCCAAGCGUUGCCGCUAUUCCAUGGCGCCAAGAUCAACACCACCGCCAGCGGCAAGUUGACUCAGAUUCUUCUUCUCCAAAAAGUGCAAGCAGCACGUAUCUUACCCCCGUUGACAUCCACUUCCCCAGUCCUCCUGCCUCAUCUCCCCCCGAACCUCCAAGCUGUGCCCGGAAGCCUCAGCAACGCUCCGUGUCUAUGCCAUCCCCCCGCGUUCCCACUUCUGCUAUGGAUCCUACUGAAUUACUUAUUCGCCUCGCCUCUCCCACUCGUCCACUCCUCAUCGACACCCGCACUCACGUUGCCUAUGCCGCGACUCACCUUUUAGGAAGUAUUAAUAUCGCCAUGCCGUCCCUAAUUCUUAAGCGCUCAAAACGCACAUUACCGACUUUCGCAUCAUUUCGCCAGUUCAUCACCAAUGAUGAGGGAAAAGAAGUUUUCGAUUCCUGGGACAUUGGCGGGGAUGUCGUCAUUGUUCAUGGGGAAGAGACUGAUGAACGGGAGAGAGAUAAUCCGGGCGUCAUAGCAUGGGCCCUGCUUUCAGUUCUUGCACGGUUCCUGAACCCGGACAAGGUAUGGUAUCUUCGCGGAGGAAUUGUAGGUGCUCAACUUCAUGCACGGCUCCGAAAGUACAUCAUCAAUGCUCCCCAUUCUCCUCCAUCUCCCUCCCAAGCCUCUUUGCAACUGCCAAAACCACCCAAGAGUGCAAAGGGAAGGGCAUUCCUUCAACUCGACACACACAGCGCUGCUGGGCUCAGUAGCAGUGUGCAGAUCGAGCAGGAAGAUCAAGACCAUGGGGGCGAAAUGGAAAGACUAGGACACUCACCAUUACCAAUCAUGCCUGGGCUCUCGCUCAGUCUUGAUAGCCCUAUAGAUUCUGACCCUCCGCCCUCCAAACUUGCCUUUCGCCGUCCACCUCCCCCACGGAGAUCAAAUACUCUCAACGUUGACACGAAACCCAUCAAACAUGCUGUGACAACUCUCCCGCGGCUUCAUAUUCACACAGCUCCAGCGCGCAGCUCAACACUCCCUAUUACACCUUCGCAACAGGUUGUGUUCCUUCACCCGCCACCCGCAUCCCCGUCACAUCUCACGCUUCUCCAUUCCAAUCACACACCUCCAGCGAGCGCAUUUAACUCGAGCUUUAAUUUCAAUCUCACCAAUGGUAGUUGCCUUGGGAACGCGGGUCCAUAUCCACAAAUGCCCAUGACACCAUCUACUGCCAAGCCGACGCCCACAACAUCUACACCCAGUGGCACUUCCUCCGAUGCUGAAAACGAGCGCGAAGAGUUCGUCAUCUCUACGAUCCUCCCUAACUUCCUCUUCCUCGGCCCUGAACUCAUUUCACCUUCACAUGUCUCCGAAUUACAAUCCCUAGGUGUGAAGCGAAUCAUUAACAUUGCGGCUGAAUGCACAGACGAUCGCGGGCUAAUGCUUCGGGAACGGUUCGAGCGGUAUGUGCAUAUUCCGAUGAGGGAUUGUGUCGAGGAGGAAGGAGUACGCAAGGGGCUGAGUGAGGCCUGUAAUGUGCUUGACGAGGCCGCUCUCUACAACGCACCCACAUAUGUGCACUGUAAAGCCGGUAAAUCACGUAGUGUCACCGCAGUGAUGGCGUACCUUAUCCACAGCCACCACUGGCCGCUGGCACGCGCAUACCAGUUCGUGCUAGAGCGCCGCAAAGGUAUCAGCCCGAAUAUCGGGUUUGUAAGCGAACUCAUGGCAUUUGAGGAAGCAGAGCUCGGGCGUAUGACGAAGCCUAAGCCAUCUACUGCAGUGAGUGAAAGUAGUGUUGGCGACGUCGGUGUUGGCACAGGCAGGCGACCAGCGCAUGUCAGAGAGAGCUUGCCUCCAAUGCCUUCAUGGGACCGCGAGGAGGAAGAAGCAGGAGAGGAAACGGGCCAAGAUAUGGAGAUAAGGGACCGGGAGGGACGGUAUCGACAUGCCAGGCGGGCUCCCGUGGAUGAGAACACUUUGCAGCCAAUGAGACGAGUGAGCAAGGCAGGUCUUGAGAGCGCUGGAUCGAUA